GCCGCAAAAUCACAGCUACUACUGCAAUCUAAAAUGAUGUAAAUCCAUUUUUGAUCUGGAAGCCAUUGGAAGGCGUAGCAUAUGCACAGUGAAAAACAGGGAAAAGAGCUGCGGAGGAGAAGUCUACAGGCAGGGUUGGGAGAAGCACUCAAUUCAAAUCAAUUCAAGGUUCCGAACCCUAGUGUCAUGAUCCUAUGUUAUUGUCCAUAUCUUAAUCGCCACCAUGAUCAACUCACCCAACGGCAUGAUAUCCCCGUCUUCAUCCGCUACUGCCCAAUCCCCUGGUCUCAAGACUUAUUUCAAGACUCCUGAGGGUCGCUACAAGCUUCAGUACGAGAAGACACACCCUUCCGCCCUCCUUCACUAUGCCCAUGGCAAAACCGUCACUCAGGUAACUCUUGCACAUCUCAAGGAGAAGCCAGCUCCUUCAACACCGACUGCCCCACCAUCUAGUUUUAGUGCCAGCGGUGGGGUACGGUCAGCGGCUGCCAGAUUCCUGGGAGGUGGCAAUGGAAGCCGCGCACUUAGUUUUGUUGGAGGGAAUGGUAGCAGCAAGAGUAUUGGAGUAAACAGUAGGAUUGGUUCACUUGGUGCCUCAAGUUCAAGUAGUUUAAUGGCUAAUUCAAAUUUUGAUGGCAAAGGGACGUACUUGAUCUUCAAUGUUGGUGAUGCAAUUUUUGUUAGUGAUUUGAAUUCUCAAGACAAGGAUCCCAUAAAGUCCAUUCACUUCAGUAAUUCGAAUCCUGUGUGCCACGCCUUUGAUCAGGAAGCAAAGGAUGGACAUGAUUUGCUUAUUGGUUUGAGUACGGGUGAUGUCUACUCAGUGUCAUUGAGACAGCAAUUACAGGAUGUUGGUAAAAAGCUGAUAGGAGCUCAUCAUUACAACAAAGAUGGUUCUGUCAAUAACAGUCGUUGUACUAGUAUUGCAUGGAUUCCUGGAGGUGAUGGUGCUUUUGUUGUUGCUCACGCUGAUGGGAAUUUGUAUGUAUAUGAAAAGAACAAAGAUGGUGCUGGAGAUUCUUCCUUCCCAGUUAUUAAAGAUCUUGCACAAUUUUCUGUUUCUCAUGCACGUUACAGUAAGAGUAAUCCAUUUGCCAGAUGGCACAUAUGCCAGGGCUCGAUUAACAGUAUUUCUUUCUCAAAUGAUGGAGCAUACUUAGCUACUGUUGGAAGAGAUGGCUAUUUGCGAGUGUUUGAUUUCCCUAAGGAACAACUUGUAUGUGGUGGUAAAAGUUAUUAUGGUGCUCUGUUAUGCUGUGCUUGGAGCAUGGAUGCAAAAUAUAUUUUGACUGGAGGAGAAGAUGAUCUAGUGCAAGUUUGGAGCAUGGAGGAUCGCAAGGUCGUGGCAUGGGGUGAGGGGCACAACUCAUGGGUCAGCGGAGUGGCUUUUGAUUCAUAUUGGACAUCACCAAAUUCAAAUGACAAUACUGAAACUGUUAUGUAUCGUUUUGGAUCUGUUGGUCAGGAUACGCAAUUGCUUCUAUGGGACCUGGAAAUGGAUGAGAUUGUGGUACCAUUGCGGCGGCCACCUGGUGGAUCCCCCACUUACAGCGCUGGGAGCCAGUCAGCUCAUUGGGACAGUGUUGUCCCAUUGGGUACGCUGCAACCUGCUCCAAGCAUGCGGGAUGUUCCAAAAAUCUCACCUCUGGUUGCUCAUCGUGCACACACCGAACCCCUCUCGGGCUUGAUAUUUACCCAGGAAUCUGUACUCACUGCUUGUCGAGAAGGACACAUUAAAAUCUGGACGAGACCUGGGAUAGCUGAGAGCCAACCAAGCAGCUCUGAAACCUUGUUAGCUGCCAGCUUGAGGGAGAAACCACUGCUUCCAAGCAAGGAUGAGCAUGGCCUGCCAUCGAUGGCAAAGAAAGGAUGAGAGAAUUCUCUAUCACUUCCAUCUGUAAUUAGAAAGCGGCUGUUGUCAGAGUAGAUCUAAUAAUCGGAACAAUGCGAAAUAUUCCAUAAUUUAUCCCUGCUGUAAAGUGCAUUGGGGCCAUAAUUUAUACUGCGGGCUCUUAGGCGUCACUUUUUUCUUUUUAUUCUUUGCGGAAUUGUGGCAAUUUGGAGGACAUGCGAAAAGGAACUUCUAAAUCUCUAUUGGGGGCUUUUGAUUUUGGUAUGUAAACCCAAGUUCCAUGCAGUAGUAGUUCGUUGGCUGGAACGGCCCCUUGGCCACUUCCUACGAUGAGCUUGCUUUUUUAGGUAGGAAGAGGGAAUGAUAGUGGAAGUUUGUCAGCAAUUAAUAAAUAAAAUGAUGAAAUCAGGAGCAUUCCUGGGAGUGGGAAAGCCAAUAGGCGAAGACGAGGGUGGAGUGGUCCAUCAUUUCCAUGUGAAGCGUAGUGACUAGCACGAGUGCACGCCAAUAUGUCAAUGGCAGCAACAAAUGGCAUGAUUGUACUGCUGACCAGCGCAGUUUUUAUGACUUUGUUUUUUUU